AAUUAAGUUAAGAGAGAGAAAACAAACAAAGAGAAAGAGAAAGCUGGACCUCCCUGCUUGGUACGUAGAUAGAGACUCUGCUACAGUGUUGCAGGUUGUAGCAGAACCGCUGCCAGAUAGUUUUAACUUUAGUCCAUUAAUUUAUUCACUUCACAUCACUCCAUUAAUUUUAGUAUUAUAACUAGUAAUUCUACCCAGCAAGCAUGGUAUUACAGAGAGAGAGAGAGAGAGAGAGAGAGAGAGAGUCUAUGUGCCAGGGUGAUGUGACGUGAUUACAAAACAAAGCACUGCUUCUUCUGUAACACACCCUUCAAAACCAGAAAAAAGCAUGUUAUCCCAUCACAUCAUUUGAACGAGUUCUAUUCUGAACCUCUCAAAGCCUUCUCUUUCGUGGUUCUUGCAUUUGGUGCAGUUAUGGCGUUUUGGUUUGGAUUCCUUCUUCCGGUUCUUCUCCUUCGUUUGGAUUUGGUGGAAUCUCACGACGGAGCAACUUUGUUGGAGAUGAAGAAGUCGUUGAGGGAUGUGGAUAACGUUCUGUUUGACUGGACUGACACACCUUCUUCAGAUUAUUGUGUCUGGAGAGGGGUUACUUGUGAAAAUGUCACUUUCAAUGUGGUUGCACUGAAUCUUUCAGGAUUGAAUCUUGAAGGCGAGAUUUCACCUGCAUUAGGGAGGCUUAGCAGAUUGGUCUCCAUUGAUCUCAAGGAAAACCGUUUAUCUGGGCAGAUACCUGAUGAGCUUGGUGACUGUUCCUCUUUGAAAAACGUAGAUUUCUCUUUUAAUGAGAUUCGGGGAGAUAUACCGUUUUCAAUUUCGAAGAUGAAACAACUGGAAAAUCUAAUCUUGAAAAAUAAUCAGCUCAUUGGGCCAAUUCCUUCAACUCUCUCUCAGGUUCCUAACUUGAAGAUUCUAGACCUGGCACAGAAUAAUCUCAGUGGUGAGAUACCAAGACUUAUAUACUGGAAUGAAGUUUUGCAAUAUAUUGGCUUGCGAGGUAACAAUUUGUCGGGUUCACUUUCUCCAGACAUAUGCCAGUUAACUGGAUUGUGGUAUUUUGACGUGAGAAACAAUAGCUUGACAGGCAGUAUUCCUGAAAACAUAGGCAAUUGUACUGCUUUCGAGAUCUUGGAUUUAUCUUACAACAAGCUAUCUGGAGAGAUACCAUUCAAUAUUGGUUUCCUACAAGUAGCAACUCUGUCAUUGCAAGGCAAUAAACUCUCAGGUUAUAUUCCAUCAGUUAUCGGUCUGAUGCAAGCCAUUACUGUCUUAGAUUUGAGCUGUAACAUGCUAAGUGGGCCAAUCCCUCCUAUAUUGGGAAAUUUGACCUACACAGAAAAACUGUAUUUGUAUGGAAACAAGCUGACUGGUCUCAUCCCCCCAGAGCUCGGCAACAUGACAAAGCUUCACUAUUUGGAAUUGAAUGAUAACCUUUUAAGUGGACCAAUCCCGCCUGAGCUUGGAAAGCUUACUGAUCUGUUUGACUUAAAUGUUGCCAAUAACAACCUUGAGGGUCCAAUUCCCGAGAAUCUCGGCUCAUGUAAAAACCUCAACAGCCUCAAUGUGCAUGGGAAUAAGAUGAGUGGAACAAUUCCCUCAGUUUUUCAAAGCUUGGAGAGUAUGACCUAUCUGAAUCUUUCUUCAAACAAUUUUCAAGGGUCUAUUCCAAUUGAACUUUCACGGAUCGGAAAUUUGGAUACACUGGAUAUAUCAAAUAAUAAUAUAGUUGGUUCCAUUCCUUCUUCCAUUGGUGAUUUGGAACAUCUUCUGAAGUUGAAUCUGAGCAGAAAUCAUUUAACAGGCUUUAUCCCGGCAGAAUUUGGUAAUCUAAGAAGUGUCAUGGAUAUUGACCUUUCAAAUAAUAAACUCUCUGGCUUGAUCCCUGAAGAACUUAGUCAGCUUCAGAACAUGAUAUCUUUGAGACUAGAAAUGAACAAAUUAUCCGGGGAUUUGUCUUCACUUGUAAAUUGCCUUAGUCUUUCUUUGAUUAAUGUAUCUUACAACAAUUUAGUUGGUGUUAUUCCCACAAGCAACAAUUUUUCCAGGUUUACUCCUGAUAGUUUCAUUGGAAACCCUGGUCUCUGUGGCUAUUGGCUGGAUUCAUCUUGUCAAGGGUCUCACCCUACCGAACGAGUUAACCUGUCUAAGGCAGCUAUCCUAGGAAUUGCUCUAGGUGCCCUUGUGAUUCUUUUCAUGGUGCUCUUUGCAGCUUGCCGACAACACAAUCCAGCUCCUUUCCCUGAAGGAUCUUUUGACAAACCAGUUAAUUACUCACCUCCGAAGCUAGUGAUACUUCACAUGAAUAUGGCACUUCAUGUAUAUGAUGAUAUAAUGAGAAUGACUGAAAACCUAAGUGAGAAGUAUAUAAUUGGGUAUGGUGCAUCAAGUACAGUUUACAAAUGUGUUCUUAAGAAUUGCAAGCCAGUGGCUAUCAAGAAGCUGUAUUCCCACUACCCCCAAUGCUUGAAAGAGUUUGAGACUGAGCUUGAGACAGUUGGCAGCAUUAAGCACAGGAAUCUGGUCAGUCUCCAAGGCUACUCUCUGUCUCCAUUUGGAAACCUCCUCUUUUAUGAUUACAUGGAAAAUGGAAGUCUGUGGGAUCUUUUACAUGGACCUACCAAGAAGAAAAAACUUGAUUGGGAUGUUCGUCUAAAAAUAGCACUUGGAUCAGCACAAGGGCUCGCUUAUCUACACCAUGAUUGCUGUCCACGUAUCAUUCACAGGGAUGUAAAAUCAUCUAAUAUAUUACUAGACAAAGACUUGGAGCCCCAUCUCACCGAUUUUGGCAUUGCAAAGAGUCUAUGCCCUUCUAAGUCCCACACUUCCACUUACAUAAUGGGCACCAUUGGCUACAUAGACCCCGAGUAUGCUAGAACUUCUCGUCUCACUGAGAAGUCUGAUGUGUAUAGCUACGGUAUUGUAUUACUUGAGCUUCUAACUGGGAGGAAAGCUGUGGAAAACGAAACAAACCUUCAUCAUCUGAUUUUAUCCAAGACAGCUAAUGAUGCUGUAAUGGAAACCGUUGACCCAGAUAUCAGUACCACAUGCAAGGACAUGGGAGCAGUAAAAAAGGUUUUUCAGCUUGCCCUUUUGUGCACCAAGAAGCAACCAGUGGAUAGACCCACAAUGCACGAGGUGACCCGCGUUCUGGGGAGUCUAGUGCCACCAAAAGAAUCAGUACCAAUGCAAGUACUUUUACCUCAUUCACAGCCAUCUGCAAAAAUGCAAUCCUACAAGGAUGAAUACGCCAAUCUUAAAGCCCCACACCUGGUCAACUGUCCCUCCAUCAGCACCUCUGAUGCGCAACUCUUCCUCAAAUUUGGAGAAGUAAUAUCUCAAAACAGCGAGUGAGCACUUGAAGAAUCAAUGUAUAUUUAAGCCACAGAGGAAAUAUGUCAAAUACUUUGUAUGCAAUAUGGUCCAUCUGGAUAAACUAGGAACAAAAUCACUCCAGUAAUUUUUUGGUGUAAUGCCUAACAUUUAUCUACACUGCACUAAUUGUACUACCUUUUUCCAUUACACUAAUUGUACUACCUUUAUUCAAUGAUAAUACUAUUAUGCUAAUGAAAAAAGACAAUAGAUUACAUUGCAAUUUGCACAAA